AUGGACCUUCUCCAUUGCAGGCGUCUGGCCGCCGGUGGCGUUUGGGGUAUAUGGUAUAAGUUUCUCCCAAGCCCUGCUCCUCCAUCUGCUCCUGGUCAUUCAAGCGAUUUGGCAUUCUUUGACGUCCCGCGAAAAUCAGAAAAAUCUGCUCAAUCUCCCAUCGUAUCCAGGCUGGUCCAUCCCUUCAAAAAUUCCAAUAUCCACUCUACUAUCUCGCCCACGUUCACCAAUUUAAACGUCCACUUGACACCUUUGUCCUACCCAAAUCUUCACAUAUCUAAACAAUCCUCACCAUGGGUUACUACUGCUCCAACUACUACGGCUCCAUUCACUGCCACAAUACCGUCUCCCGUUUUGGCGAUAGAUGCCAUCUUUGCGCAGCAUCAAAAAGAGGCGCUUCCAUCAAAGACGGUCUUCUUUCCGAAGCUGAGCGAUGGGGUUCCUCCACCCCACGGCCCACCCAUGGCGAUCGUCGGGUCGAGCGGGCCAGCCGGUCGGCUCGGGAUUCGAGGGUUAAGAACUGAGGCAACUACACGAAUGAUUUGA